AUGGCUAGUCAAACGUACGCGUACGAUUUACUGUCGAAUGAGAACCAUUCGUUUACUGUAGAGUUCGACACCUAUAAACCUAGGCCUCAUUUCAUAGUAUUAGCUAAACAACAGGAAGAUAUUAAGCCUCCAGAUUUUGGCAGCACGACACCGGAGCAAAGAGAGAAGCUUAUGGAAGCGGUUCGGUCUAUGAUGUCACGGUUUAGUAUAUCUAGUGGUAUUCUGUCUAUUCGUCGAGGAUCGUGGUUGCGCAAGAUCGGGAGGGGCGAAACAUUUCAUGCCCAUAUCUGCGUAGAUGUCGAGCUCUAUUUGCAAGUGUUUGAGCAAGAAAAGCAUAACAUUUUUGACUGGUCAGAUCAGAGGUAUGCAAAAUACACCAAAAGAGUCGGUGACUAUCCUGAAGAAGAUCACUUUGAUGAAGAUGUGGCCGCCUUCGAGGAACUAAGACGUGAAGCUGUGGACCUGCCCCAUGUUCAGUUGCCCAUAGUCGGUGAAUCGGGAAUUACAACAGCUCUCCAUCAAAGCCAUCCAAAAAUCGGGUUUUUUGGGAAGAAAGACGAAAUCUCUUCAGAAGAUGUGGUUUGGACGAUGGAGAAUUUUGCCAAAGAUCUCGGUUUAACAAAUUACGUGUUAAAGACUGACCCGGCGUUUGAUAAAAGUUAUGGCUGUCAGUUGUGUUUGUAUUUGGGUUCGGGUAAGUUCAUAUAGAGCAAAUUCAAAAAACGUUGUCCUUUGCAAACUCUAAACCGUAAACCUUAAACUCUAAGCGCGUAAAGCUUAAUGGAAGCACAAGUUUCACGCUUAGUAGUUGAAUAUUGGAGCAAUUUUUGAAUGAAUCGUUCUCGUAAGGAGAUAUUUGCCAUGUUUGUAAGAAAUGGGCCCCAUAUAUGAUUUCUAAACUAAUUAAAUGUUACUCCCAUUAGGCUUUGUACGCUUAGAGUUUAAGGUUUAGAAUUUAAGGUUUGCAUAGGACAACCUUUUUUGAAUUAGCUGUGUACAGCAUACUUCAUUUAAUAAAAUCUAGCACGUAACGUACAUUCAAUUUCAUAUUAUAUUUUUCAACGAACAAGUUAAAUGGAAUAAAGAAGGAUCUAAAUUACAUAUUUUCUAUACUAUUAUUGUGCUCGAUAUAAAAUGACGAGUGUUAGAAAUACUGUAAUUUAUGUGUUUAAAAUUAUUUUCUUUACUUUGAUAGUUCCAACUGAAGAUUGGAAUUUCGUCAGUAAAAAGGACGGAGAGGAAGUUCUUGGGUACAUCGUGACUACUGUGCCUCGCUUCUACGAACUAUGUCCUGUGGAACAACGAGAGCAAUGGUUUACUGCUUUCAAAGGGUCUGAGUUUGCUUGUUUAACUUAA